AUGGAAAAUCACACUUCAGGCCAGAGCAACAGACCCUUGUCUAAGCCAGCACAUGCUCUCGAACGAGAUGAUCUUGUCCGGCAACUGGACAGUGAUACCCAGAACGGCUUGACUGCGGCAGAGGCACAACAGAGAUUGCAGGACUAUGGCCGCAAUGAAUUGGAUGAUGGCCCAGGUGUCCAGCCAUUGAAGAUUCUCUUGCGUCAGAUUGCCAACGCGAUGAUGCUGGUUUUGAUCCUGGCUAUGGCAGUUUCCUUCGGGAUUCAGUCCUGGAUUGAGGGAGGCGUUGUUACGGCAGUGGUCAUUCUAAAUAUUGUGGUCGGCUUCUUGCAAGAAUUUCAGGCUGAGAAAACGAUGGACUCGCUGCGCUCACUUUCUUCACCGACCGCCAGUGUUGUCCGUGACGGUAGCAACAUCACCAUUCCUACAGCAGAGCUCACUAUUGGUGACCUUGUCGAGCUUAAAGUGGGAGACACAGUCCCUGCCGACAUUCGACUACUCGAAUCUAUCAACUUCGAGACCGAUGAAGCGCUCCUCACUGGAGAGUCUUUACCUGUUGCUAAGGAUGAGGAAGCUGUAUUCGACGAAGAGACGGGACCCGGAGAUCGGCUGAAUAUUGCGUUCAGUUCUUCCACAGUCACAAAAGGUCGAGCCAGAGGAAUAGUCUUUGCGACUGGUAUGUACACAGAAAUUGGGUCGAUAGCGACCGCCCUCCGUCAGAAAGACUCAAAAAUUCGCCCUGUCAAGCGACGAGAGGACGGCACUGCACACCCCUUACGCUACGUCGAGUCCUGGACGCUCACAUUUAGCGAUACUGUUGGCCGCUUCCUCGGGGUCAACGUCGGGACGCCGCUUCAAAAGAAACUCUCUCGCCUAGCGAUCUUACUUUUCGGAAUUGCUGUUGUCUGUGCUAUCAUUGUUCUUGCCGCCAAUGAAUUCUCUGAUCGAUCCGAGGUCAUCAUCUAUGCUGUCGCGACCGGCCUCUCCAUGAUUCCGGCAUCGCUGAUUGUUGUCCUUACUAUCACAAUGGCUGUGGCUACGAAGAGAAUGGUCCAACGAAACGUCAUCGUACGAAAUUUAAAGUCAUUGGAAGCCCUCGGUGCUGUCACAGAUAUUUGCUCGGACAAGACCGGAACCCUUACUCAGGGAAAAAUGGUUGCCAAAAAGUGUUGGAUCCCCGCCCGUGGCACCUACACAGUCCAAACCUCUAAUGAACCUUUCAAUCCCACUAUUGGGGAUUUGAUGCACACCGAAGCCGCUCCAGCAGCAAGCAACGAGAAGCGCCUUGAAGACGGUCCUACAGCUGAGCCCUCCAAGCUGCUGGAAGACAAUGACGAAUUGAGGGACUUUUUACUUGUGGCUUCACUUUGCAACCUUGCACGCGUUCACCCUAACAAGGAAGGAACCUGGGUUGCCAUUGGUGAUCCAACAGAAAUUGCGAUCCAGGUUUUUGCAUACCGAUUUGGACUCAACAGGCAAAAGUUUCUCGACCCGAAGAAUGCCAAACUGAAAGAAGUUAGUGAAUACCCGUUUGAUUCCGAUGCGAAAAAGAUGUCCACUAUCUUCGAGGAUCUUCAGACAGAGGAGCAAAUGAUUUAUACCAAGGGUGCAGUCGAACGAGUCCUCGACGCUUGCACUACCAUUCAAUGGGAUGGGCCAGACCCCGUCGUCCUAUCGGACGAAAUGAAGGCAGCCAUUCUAGAAAAUAUGGAAGCACUUGCUGCUCAAGGUUUGCGUGUCCUCGCCCUUGCGAGUCGGCCGUAUAAUCCCCGAUACGGUCGCCGUGCCAGUCGAGAAGGCCCUCCUCCUCGGGAGGACGUCGAACGUGAUCUCACUUUCCACGGCUUGAUCGGUCUCUAUGACCCUCCGCGGCCGGAAUCUGCGGGUGCGGUAAAGAGCUCCCACCGCGCAGGAGUGAAGGUCCACAUGUUGACAGGAGACCAUCCCGGCACGGCUCGUGCUAUUGCUGCACAAGUCGGCAUUCUCCCAUCUGACCUGUCUUUAAUCUCCCAACGAACCUCUCAAACUAUGGUCAUGACAGCCAAAGAAUUCGAUCGCCUCAGUGACAAAGAGCUAGACGAGCUUCCAGACUUGCCCUUGGUCGUGGCCCGAUGUGCGCCAAACACCAAAGUACGGAUGAUUGAGGCCCUUCGCCGACGAGGUGCUUUUAUGGCCAUGACUGGUGACGGGGUGAAUGACUCUCCUUCACUGAAAAUCGCCGAUGUUGGCAUCGCCAUGGGACAAGGAGGUUCCGACGUGGCCAAGGAUGCUUCUGACAUUGUCCUAACGGAUGACAACUUUGCUUCGAUUCUCAAUGCCGUCGAAGAAGGGCGCCGAAUGUUCGAUAAUAUCCAAAAGUUCAUUCUCCACCUCUUGGCGGAGAAUAUCGCCCAAGCUUGCACGCUACUUAUCGGCCUGGCAUUUAAAGACAGUUCGGGCCUCUCCGUCUUUCCUCUAGCACCGGUCCAAAUCAUGUGGGUUAUUAUGAUUACGUCUGGCCUGCCCGACAUGGGCCUGGGCCUGGAGAUCGCCGCGCCCGAUAUUCUGGAACGGCCACCAAUUUCGCAGAAAGCCGGCGUCUUUACCUGGGAACUUUGCUUUGAUAUGCUUGCAUAUGGUUUGUGGAUGUCUGCUCUGUGCUUAUCAUCCUUCCUUCUCGUGGUAUACGGCUUCGGAGAUGGAGAUCUCGGUCUCAACUGCAACCAGUCAUAUUCCCAACAAUGUGACACUGUCUUCCGGGCUCGAGCCACCACCUUUGUCAGCCUUACCUGGUUCGCCCUGUUCCUCGCCUGGGAAAUGGUGGAUAUGCGUCGGAGCUUCUUCCGCAUGCAGCCUGGCAGUAAGAGGUACUUCACGCAAUGGUUCCACGACGUAUGGCGGAAUCAGUUUCUGUUCUGGGCCAUCGUUGCAGGCUUCGUGACCAUAUUUCCGACAAUAUACAUUCCUGUCAUCAACCACAAAGUCUUCAAGCAUACCGGUAUCUCAUGGGAAUGGGGUAUAGUCUUUGUCGAAGCCGUGCUCUUCUUCUUGGGCUGUGAGACAUGGAAAUGGGCCAAGAGAGUAUUCUUCCGUCGAUGGCAAGCCCGACACGGCUCGGCUCCUAGCGACUUGGAGAGACCUGCAUCCUCCGAGUCCGCUGCCUUCGGAGACUCGGACAGCGUAGCAGGCAGCUGCUCUCACGAGAAGGUACAAACGGAAGGGCCAAGAUGCGAACGGUGA